CAUUUAGACCAAAAUAACCAAGCAAAGAAAAUACAAAGUUAUACAUACUCACCUAGGCAAGAAAAUAUUUAGUUACAGAUAAAAUGUUUUUGUUUCUGUUGUGUAAAGAAAUGCGGGAUUUAAUUAACACAUUUAUAAGGUCAAGAGUUCAUAAGUAUGUCCUGAAUAUGUGGAACAGCAACGCUGCUUCGACACAGCCAAUCACAUUUCAGCCCUGUGCUCUGAUCGAUUAAUAUUCAUGCUUUUGACUCGGAGCCUCCUUCUGUAUGAAAUCUUCUGUACAUGCAGCACUGCCAUAAGAAAGCCCCAUAAUUCGUAAAAGAUGCAAUCUCAUCUUGUUUGUUGAAAUUUUUAAAAGAAUUUCAUUUCUUGGCACAAAUUACUAUAAAUGCUCGUUACUGACAGUUUAGUUAGCUAGCAUUUCCUGGUUAGUGUUGUUGUUGUGGAUACAUUUUUCCACCAAUAUCGAGACCAUGUAGUCAGUAAUGUAUAGUUUGAGAUGGUGAUAGUGAUAAAGCAGGGUUAUAGACAUCACACAGUUACAUAUUCUCAGUAGCAUGUAGCACGCUCCUGUAAAGUUACCAUUUAAACCGUUGCUUUCAGAGACAUGUUGUGAUUGACCAGCAUAUCACAGUGAGAAAAAGUUUUAUCACAAAUGUAUUACUUUCUUGUCUGUAAAUCAUCAUGGAUUCCUGGUUCCGGUGAAUCUGAUCCAAGAGGAUCAUACACAUUUAGUAGUACACAUCAUUGCUAGUAAACACUACCCUCUACAGUUUAAAGACUUUAUCUUGUUUUAUGGGUUACUCAACAGACAUUUAUGAAUGAAUUAGAACUGGAGGGAAAAACAAGUAGAAAAGGCACUGUGACUGGUCCAUGGAGUUGGGUAGUGAAUAAAUGAUUCUUUGCCAUAGUUCUUUUUAAACAAUGCUUUUUUUGACAAUAACCAAAUUUUCACAUGCCAGCUUACACUUUCUGGUAUAAACAUUAAACUAUUUUUGAGGGACAUUUUAGUGGGUGCUAUUAAUGCAUGUUUUUUGACCACUUUUAUGUAUAAAUAAUACUUUUUUCACAAUGACCAAAGCCACCAUAAAAGCUUCCUCUUCUAUUUUACUUAUUUUAUUUUGUUCAUCCAUUAGUAUGUGUAAUGCUAAGAAGAAGAAGAAGAAAACACAAUAUAUGCUAUUCAGUGUCCUUUAUAAUUGCUUAAUUUUAAUUUAAUUUUAUAAAUUCAAUUACCCUUGGUAAUGCUAAUCUUAUAGCCCCCUGAUGAGGUGGUAAAUUACAGAGUCCCUAUGGUGACAUGGUGAAAAAAAAAAUAUAAGAUGGGAGGAAAAUUUAUAUUUCAAUGCUUUUGCAUUCGCUCGCAAAACUUUUGCGUUCCCCCGAGAAACUUUCCUCCCAUCUCAUAUUUUUUUCCAUCAGCAUGUCCCCUUAGGGGCUUCGUAGUAAACACUCUGCAUGAGCGCAUUGUUAAAGUAAAUGCAUAUUGCCUACAAACUGCAGGGAUUUUUUCUUUUUUGUAUAUUUUAGAGUAGUUUAAGCUUUCACUUAUCAUUAUGACCAAUGAGCCAGAUGAACCUCCCUUGGUUCUAUGUUUGUGCUCAUCCUAGGAUAAUUUGCUGGUUAAUGCUGGUGUACAGUUAAUUUGUUUGGCCGCAAACCAGUUUUUUUUUUUCGUGUUUUUGUUCAGUUGCAAUUUUCAUGGUCAGAAAUGAAAGCUGCACUCAUGUGGGUGUAGUGACGAAUUAGUAGGUGUGACAUUCAAUAUUUGCUGGCACAGUGCCAAUGUGCAACUAACCCGUUAUUGGAAAUGUUCAUUGUUUAUGUCACAUUUGUUUCUUCAUCUACAGUAACCACUUUAUCCUGGUCAGGGUGGCGUGAGAUGGGGACACACCCCAAAUAGGGUCAAAUAGGCCAUCACUGGGCACCAUGUACACACAUUGACACAUUCACACAGGGACAAUUUAUAGUAGCCAAUCCACCUACUGGCAUGUUUUAGGGAAGUGAUAAUGGGAAAACAGGGCCUCAAAUGCUUAACACCUUUACCUGUUUAGCAAAACUUGACAGUAUUAUGGAAUACUUUAUUGGGAGUACUCUUGCCUUGCUUAUCAGUGUGUAGAACAAAUCAAAUGUGGAUUGUUUAGCAGUUAAAUUCAUGCCCAUUAGCCCCUAGUGUGUCAUAAAUUCUUUUCAUACAAAUAUCCUGAUAAAUAGCUAGGAUCACUGAAUGGCAACAGCAGUUACCCGUUAGUGCUUAACCCUUAAUGAUUACUUUAUGGUUAUUAAUAGGACAAUUUGAAGUGGUGAUGUUUUGCUUCGUAGUAGCGCUUCACAUAACUUUAAUAUUCUGUUUUCGUCUACUUAAAAAAUGUCAUCAGUUUACUAAUCAAACCAGAGAAGGUAAAUAAAAUGAAAGAAAAAAAAAUCUGUGAAAACUCUUAAUGUCUCCUGCCGUGUAGCUAGUCUCUGGUCUGAUGAGCUUCCUUUAGCUAAAUAAUUUGCAUAAAUGCAUGUGAUUGGAUAAGGGUCUGACAGGUGUAGAGUAGAUAUCCAUUCAGUCACGUAACCUUUAAUAAUCUUAAAAAUUAGAAAGCACUGAUAUGCCAGUGUGAUUUGAUACCAGUGUGUACCAAUUCUAAUUUAACGAUGCAUUGAUAAAUGAAUCAUUUAUUUUCUCACUCUGUUUUCAAGGGUGACUGCAAUGGCGUUUGUUCAUAAGAUAUAAUUGCACCUAAUUGGUUGGCAGAAGACCAGUGCAAUAGUUAUGCAAUUAAUUAGUGUCCAUGGGCUGGUUACAGUCUUCACCGAACAUGUUGCACCCCUGAAUUAGAGCCAGUCUUGUUUUGGUGAAGAGAAAAAUUCCAGAUAUGUUCACUCAUUUCUGUUAGCGCAUCAGAUAACCAGGAGAGCAUGAUUUUCGGGAGGUUUUACUAUCGUCAGCGAGGAAUCUUAUGUUUAAGCCACUAUCACUGGCAUUUACUCUACUCAGAUAUGCACAGAAAUAUUAUAUGAUCCAGACUCUUAAAUCAAGGUUAACACUGACAUAAGGAAUUUCAUGAAUUAAGCCAACUUUGCUAGCUGUUCCUUACCUAUCUUCAGGGUCCACAUAAGCUCUUCUGAAAGACUUCAUUCACACUUUCUGUCCAUCAUAGUAUAGGCAGACAGACACCAUCCCAGACUGAAGAACAUUUCUUUUCUAGCUAAACAGGAUAUUCCAGUUCAACAUGCAUUUCACUGUGAGUUAUGCUCUUUUUAUCAGUGACAGAAGCUAACGAGGCCUUACGUCAGGUCAGCAGGUGUUAGUUCAGUAUUAGGAGCUCUAGAAAGUUACUCAGGUUUGGACAGAAUGUCUGAGAGUAACAGAUGGCUAUAUGACUAUAUGCCAUAUAACAGUGUGGAUGGCAGAAAAGAGUAUGUGACAGCAUGUUUACUUUUUAAGCAAUAACAGUUAUCUUGAACACAUGUCAUAAAAACAUAUUUAUGCUUACACAUAACACAGACAGUUAGCCUUAAAAUUAGAAAGCAGUUUAAUUUGUCAUUGUGAUUUGAUGAGGAACAGUGACUGUGUAUAAGUUUUAAUUCAAUGGUUAACUGAUCAUUUAUUUUCAUAUUCUCAUGUAGCUCUGUUUUUAAGGCUGACUGCAAUGCCUUUUCGAAUGAAAGUGUUUAUAUCGGGUGUAAUAACUGUAGUACUGCAGUUCGAGUGAUUAUUUCAUCUUAUUUAGCAGAUAUUUAUCUUUUAAAGCUUGUUGCUUAAUGGUUACUGUGAAUUGUUGAGUAACUACAGUUUAACUAAUUAGAAAAGUAUGUAGUUACUAUUGCAAGGAACGUGCAUUCAUAGUGUAGUGGUGCAGAGAGUUUUUCGUCCUGCCUCUCAUAUUCAUUUUCUAUGGAGACAGGCAGAAAUCCUGCACAGAGGAUUAUGGGAGCAAAAUGAGAAGAGUGGGAAAACACAUGGAGGAUUUUUCAACUCUAUGCAAAUGAAAAGUGAACGUUCUUGGGCAAUGGCCAAUCAGAUUGCUUUAUGUGGCAUGGGUCUCGUCGUUAUUUACGUCCAUGGUCACAGUCAAGCCACGCUGAAGUCAAUGCAGGGCAAAAUAGAAGCGACAGACAGCAGUGCUGUAAAAACUAAAACAUGAUUACAGCCGCACGAUGACUGAAAGUCAUUUUUUACAACCUACUGCCAAAAGACCCCCAAAACAAGUAGGAAGAAAUAACAUUGGUUUAAAUGAAUGUAUUUAAUACUCAAAUGCACAUGAAGUGGAUAGGUUAAUAGUUUUAAAAUGUGUACAUUUAGUGGGUGAUUUAGUGGGGAAUUUAAUUACGUUUAAGAAACAAUAACAAAGAUUUCUGAAAGUUUUAGUUAGUUUGUAUAAACCUCUUUUCACUGGGGCACAGAUCUAGCUUACACAUCCACAUUAGGGAUGGACGAUUGGUACUGAAGUAUCAACACUUUUAAUCCUUAGGCUUCCUUUAAAACCUAAAGGUUUUAAGUCCUAUAUACAUCUUUAUUUUUAUCAAAAGAAUGUGACCCUUUCACCGUCUCACUCCUCCCACACACACACACACACACACACACACACACACACACACACACACAAGCAGACACACAGAAAUGAACGAGACAGGGAAUGUGUAUUAGAUGUGAUAUGGCUGAAAAGAAAAGAGAGUUUGGAGUUAUUUAACAGCUACAAAUUACAAUGACCCUGCCAAAGUAUGAUGCUAGAAGUUUAUGUAGAAUGCCAGUUCUACAAACCUGAUGAAACACACUUAAAGGCCAAAUUUCCAGUAGACUUUUAGUUUUAACUGAGAAGAACUGAGUACGUACAGGUUUUUGGAGUGAUUAAUUGCACUUUUAUUCAAGGAUUAUUUCUGUAACGAAACAGGACCCAAACAGUCUCUAGAUAUUUAUUACACCUCAAAUUAUUGAUGUCCAUAUCUGCAAAUUCCGGCUUGACAAAUCACCAUUUUCGCCAUUUUAUAUACACAAGAGGACAUCUUGGAAGUACUGGUAUCAGGAUACUAGGUUUGAUAUUACAUGGUAUUGGAUCUAAAUGAAAACCGGUUAUUCAUGUGCUUCAUUUGUCGCUACACCUCUUCUUACAGUAGUUUCUCAGAUCGAAGAGUUGCUGUAGAUCAUAAACGAAUAAAGAGAUAAACAGUAAAUUAAUUUAAGUAUACACUGCUGUCUUUAAGUGUUAUGUAAAUAAAUGUAACAAUUCAUUAUGUCACUAUAAACUAUUAGAGCACACUCUAUUAGAGAACACUCAUAGAGCAUAUUAAUAAACAAAAAUCCCACAAGCCCAACAAUUUACCGUGUUAGUAAUAUAAUUUUACAAUAUCUCAUGGUCACUUAGGUAUAGUAAUCAUGCUUUUUUUAUAUCCUCCGUUUUUUGCAUUUCAAAUAUGCAUUAAGCAUAUUUGAAAUUAGUUUUGUGGAAUAAAAGCACAGGUUCAUCUUCCUAUCAGAAAUCAAAUGAACACACUGGCGUUCUCAGUAUACGAAUAUCUUUUGCUGCAUCGAAUCGUACCACUAUAUAUUUUUCUUCUGUCCUUCAUGGUUUGGUCUGAAGGAGGCAGUUGAAGUGCGAGUCACCAAGAGAUUAGCCAUGCUUCACCAUAACAAAAGACAGAUCCUAAAAAGGAAGCAUGAGUCAUGUAUGUCAGUCUGUGGUCAUCGCUGAGUUUGCUCCAUCUUUCCUCGCCAUGUUCUUUGCCAUAAUAUCGCCAUAUUGGAAUGCUGCCAUUUGAAAUCUGUGUUCAAGAGUUUUUCCCACCUUGUUUUUUCAUAACUACUUCACUGUCAUGCGUAACAUGCAGCUGGUGUAUCAUAAGUCUGCAUAUUGACUUUCUGUAAUCUUUACUACUACUUUUUUUCUUUUUUUUUUUCCUUUUUUUUUUUACUUACGACUACAUUUUAGCCUUUUGCUGUCUUUGUGUAUUUUCCACAGUACAGAUUCAACAACUUCCCUUUCUGUCCCUUCUUUUUCUUCUCUUGUCUGUUGCUCAUUUCCCCUUUUUUUGAGCUGAGUUCAUCUUCCUCCUCUCUUCUUCAGCUUGCUAAAGGAGAAGUAAAGUAGGAGAUGCUGGCCAUGCCACACUCACUUGUGCUUUUAGAUAUGAAUAUAAUCAGAGACCACCCUGGCAAUCAAACAGCUUAUUAAUAUUUUCACUUAGACCUGGGGCAAUGAGAGGUCCGCAGCCUGCGGGGGGAUGACAUGCAUGUGUCCAGGCUUUUAACAGCGUUGAGGAUUGUAAGACUAGUUGGCUGCCGUCCACCGAGCCAUGAUGGACAUUCUGUACACAGGCCCUGUCCCAGCAGAGCGCGAGUCUCCGAUGGCACGGAGCGAGAUGUCCCCGAGCCGGGCGCAGCACUCGCCCCCCACACAGAGACCCAACGCCUGCUGCUUCUGCUGGUGCUGCUGCUGUAGCUGCUCUUGUCUCACUAUUAGGAGAGAAGACGAGAGUCGCCGGAGAUUGAAAGCCCAGGAGAGUAAGCUGGAGACCAUACCAAACUGUGAACCAUGCACCAAACCAACGGUGGAGGAGAUGAAACAGUGGGCUCAGUCCUUUGAUAAGCUGAUGAAGAACCCGGCAGGCCGGAACGUAUUCCGUGAGUUUCUGCGCACAGAGUACAGCGAGGAGAACAUGCUCUUCUGGCUGGCCUGUGAGGAUCUGAAGAAGGAGAUCAACAAGAACAUGAUAGAGGAGAAGGCACGCAUGAUCUACGAAGACUACAUCUCUAUUCUUUCACCUAAAGAGGUGAGUUUGGACUCGCGGGUGCGUGAGGUAAUCAACAGGAAGAUGCAGGACCCGAGUCCGCACACAUUUGAGGAUGCACAGCUGCAGAUCUAUACGCUCAUGCACAGAGACUCGUACCCACGCUUCCUCAACUCACCCAUCUAUAGAUCACUGGUGCAGGGGGGCUCACGCUCCUCUUCUGAAUCCUAGACCCACCUCUAUCCACUUCUCUCUCUCCCUACAUUAACCCUCCAUCACACAACCACUAAAGGAGAAAGAUCCUGUUGGCUUCUUGUCAUGGUUGGAUUAUGCCUCUUUUUCCCCCGUGUUUUGCUUUGACUUCACCUCUCGUCUGUUGUCUUGGAGGACACGCCAUUCCUCUGGAAUAUUCUGAACCUGCACAGACUGAAACUGGAAGACACAGGGUUGAAGAAGUAGUCAUAGUCAUUCCACUGCUUGUGGCGACGGAAACAACUACUGAUCCACUCGAGUCUCUUUGUCCUUUGUUCAUUUUUUCCAUAGGUAUAUGUACGAACACAGUUUAGAACUUGUUUUGUCUUUUUAUCUGAUGUCAUGAGUUGACAAAAGACGAGAGAGCCUCUGCAAUAAGACACACUGGAGUCGACUUUCUCCGCUCCUCAUACGACCGGUUUGCCUAUUAUCUAUGACCUUUGACCUGUCCACUGUCUCCCUUCUCUGAGAUCAGCUCUCUGAGACAUGGGGUUGGGUGGUGGUGGAUGGUUAUGUUUGUUACCGGAGGGGCUGAAAGUUUCCCAGUUGCAAAAAAAAAAAAAAAGAAAGAAAAAAAAAAAGAAUAUUUAGAAUGUUAACAAGUUUUAACGAAUGCUAUUGAAAACAACAAUAAGUGGAAAAUAGAUGUAGAUACAAAGAAAAAGGUGAGUGGUGAGAAAAUGCUUAAGUCUUAAUUAGACUGGUCACUCAAAAUACAUUUUAAAUUUAGUAUUGUUAAUGUUAUUUAUUUUCUAUUUUGUCAACUUUUGUUCUUGUACAGUCAAUUUUAAAUCCGGUACGGAUGACGCAAACCGAGCAAGGUCACGAGUGCUUCAUAGUGCACUGUGUGUGUAUGAGUGUGUGUGUGUGUGUGUUUGAGCGUGUGUAUGUGUGGGUAAGCAAACCUCAGCCUCUCUGGCACAUCCUUAUUUACAGGAUGAAAAGCUUGAUGGGUCACAUGACCCUUUCCUUGGCAAAAAUUGCGAAAAAUCAGAGAUGCUGCUUUUCUGGGUUUCUCUUCUGGAUAAAUUCCAGUGUUUCUUUAGUAAUUCUUCAGUAUUGUAAUUUUUUGGCAAAUACACUCCUUCAUUCAGAUGAAUUUAUAAGGAUUGUUUAUAGAUGCAAAGCACCUCAAAAACCUCUCGUGUACAUGUUUUUAAUCACAUAGUAGCAUUAGUAGUUGAACUUUGUGUGGUUGAACAGCUGCACUGUGAUUAUCCUCACUUGCUGUCUUCCUCUUCACGUUCUCAUUUAUUAAUCACAAGAGGAGGCAACCUAUAAGGCUUUACCUAAUAAUGAUCACUUCUUUUAAAAUAAAACCAGAACAAUCCCAGCUCCCAUCAGUUAUUGGACCCAAAUCAGCCUGUAGAAAUGAACUCUGGCAGAACACCAAGCAUUUUAUAGAAAAGUGGUGCUUCACAUCUAUGACAUUGUGUGUCCUUGUUGACAUUUCUACAGUUUGUGAAUAGUCACUUAGCAUGAUGAAUGGAACUCUACCUGAGCAUCUGGGCCUUGACUUGUGCACUGUGCAGGACUUACAUUCAUUGUGCUACAGGAAAUGUAUAAACUGCACAAUUAUCUGUAUUGAAUUCAUCUGAUUUUAGGACUAUUUCACUGCCAAAAGUCUGCACUGGGCUUCAGCGCACAGAGGCUUGGGAUGGGACAUUAGUGAUAUAGGAUGGUCACAGAGAUCUGCAAGCAAAGACGCACACUUAGGCCCUGUCCACGUGUAUAUGGAUAUUUUUGAAAACAGUUCACAUGAAAACAGUAUUUUGGAUCAUGGAAAAUGGAGCUUUUGAAACCACCCUCAAAGAUGGAGAAAUUUUAAAACUCAAAUUUUAAAAUUGUGGUUUGCAUGUGUAGUGGAUGUGCUAGGACUCUGUUUAAAAUGGCUGCUUAUUUGAUAUUUGUGAUGUGUUUGUAUUUUAAUUUCUAUUUGUAUUAAUAUUACAUCCGCGUGCAGAGGCGCCUGAAUCCACCACUCGAGUGGUACAAACUGUACUGUGAACAGACAUUAUUAAUAGGACCAAAGUGUAACCUUAAGCAGUAGUUCCACCUCAGUUUCAGGCUAUACAUAUGAAUUUGUCAAUUUUUUUUACAUUUUAGAACUUUUGGGAAACCACAACCCUGACCAGCAUAAAACAGUGAAUGAAGAUAAAUGAAUGACUGAAUUAACUUUUGGUCAUGUUGGUGUUUCUCCACAUUUCACAUCUCUACCACUCAUGCUUAUAACAGUUUAUGAAAUACUGUCACCACCCAGUUGGUUGGCCUGCUCAUGGAAAUGUUUUCAAAUCAUUUUUGCAUUUUCAUGUGGACAGUGAUACACUAUAUGGCCAAAAGUGUGUAGAAACCUGACCAUAACAUCCAUAUGUGGGCCUUCCCCAAACUGUUGCCACAAAGCACACAAUUGUCCAGAAUGUCUUUGUAUGCUGCAGCAUUAAGUUUCCCUUCACUGGAACUAAUGGGCCCAAACGUUUUCCAGCAUGACAAUGCCCCUGUGCACAAAGGUCCAUAAAGACAUAGUUUGACAAGUUGUGGAUGAACCCGAGUGGCCUGUACAGAGCCCUGAACUCAACCCCACUGAACACCUUUAGGAUGAAUUGGAACACCAACUUCAUGCCAGCUGAUAUCAGGACAUCAGUGCCUGACCUCUUGUGUUCUUGUGGGUGAAUGGGCAAAAAUCCACACUCCAAAAUCUAGUAGAAAGCCUUCCCAGAAGUGUGGAGGCUGUUAUAACAGCGAAGGAGGGACCAGCGUCAUAUUAAUGCCCAUGAUUUUAGAAUGAGAUGUUCAAUAAUCAGGUGUCCACAUACCUUAGGCCAUAUAUUGUAUUUUCAGAAAUGCUGUUUGUGUAGAUGAGAUCUUCUUUUGAAAGGGAUAAAAACCAUGUUUUCAAAAAUAUCUGUAUAUUUGUGGAUGGGGCCUUAUAGACACAAACACAGCUUAACAUAAGCAAACCCUUACUGUGUAUUGCGCUGAUAGUGAUGGUACUGUAUAUUUAAUCAUAGUUCAUUAUGGGAAUUACAAGCUGCAGCCUAUUAGCGUGAUGCUGGGUGGAUGGGUUGAGCUGAGCUGAUGCAUAUUACACAUUUUAGAGUAGUUGGUGUAUUAGUAGUACCUCAAGGCUACUGAAGACAUUUGGAAACAACUUACUUGCUCAUAGGGCAACUACAUAAGCCCUUCAUGACAGCAGACAAACAUUUAUAAAGCAUUAUUCCAGCAGUCAUCAGCUGACAUAAAGGCAUUUGCAGGUUUACAUAACACACAAUUACAUAAUGUGACUGAUACACCAGAUAUACACUGAGCUACGUCAUUUAUAGUGACAUUCUACUGUAAGUAAGCCUGGAAAGUGUCACAACACAGCCUUAUGUUACCAAAACUCUGUUACUUGACUCAGGUGUUAUGUCAGCUUGUCUUUAUGGCAGUUCAUGCCUGUUGGAAAAAUCUAUGAAAUUAACGUAGGGUUGUGUAAGUUGUGAUGAAGGGUUUACGCAGGUGGCAUGUAGCACUAUGAAUACCAAGUAAAAUGUUACCAAGACAUUUUUCUACUUACUCAAGGGGCUUCAAUUUCAGUUGAUGAUCAAAAACCUUAUUAAAAAUGGCUUAAAGUCUGUAAACCACUUCCAGUAGCCUUGACAUGCCAUUGCUAGAAAACUCAGUGACUGAAAACCUUCAUAGACAUAUAAAGCAAAUACAUAAUCAACUUCUGUAUACUACUGUAAAAGUGUAAAAGAAAAAAGUAAUCACUGUAUAUUAUGUUGAUUUUUUUAGUUACUGUUCGGUGACGUUUAUUCUACUUUAAAAGCCCAGGAAUUAUCCAAUCUGGCAAAAUAGUUUUCAACGUAAAACUGCUACGAGACUCGCUCACCCACUUUCAGUACGUGCUUUCUCCUAGUCACGGUCAAGGUGGAUCCGGAACCUAUCCCGGGAACACUGGGAAUACACCCUGGAUGCCACGCCUGUCCAUCACAGUGGUACCAGACUGCAGCCCGUAUAAUGUUCAACGUGAACAUUUACCAAACUGUCUCAAUGUAAAUUCUAGGCAAGUCCUGGAGCCUGUUUCAUCAAAUUUAGGAGAGCUUUCAGGUCUCUAUGGGAUUCAUUAGCUGCUCACUCACGCACACACUCCAAAAUUCACACACUAGUAUUUCUUAUAGCUCAAUCACAGCACAAAUUUCCAUUACAUCCGUUAAAUUUCAAGUGAAGCCAGUGAAAUUGUAUCAUAUGCAUCAGGAGUUCCAGGUUUCCCCACAAACGGGGAAUUUAUUUUAAUUGGCAUGAUGCCACCACUCAAAAAAAUGUCACUUUAUGACCAGCAAGCUUUCUAGGAUUCCUUUUGCUGUAGGUUAUAGCCUUCUGCAUGCGCCCGAGUGGCACUUGGUACGAACUCCAUUGUGUAAUUUCUAUUAAGAAUGGAGUUGUGUAGCAGACCUGAAAUCACUGCUGGUGCUACCACUGUGAGCUUGUGUACCUCCCAUGCCCUCUAUGUCUGUACAUUUCAAAAUGUGAAUUUGAAAGACAACCACUGUUCUCUGUGCAUGUGUGUUUGUCCUCAGUAUGAAAAUUGGGCAAAUACAAUAAGCAGUGUUAUGAACUCUUUCAUUAUGGCACUGAGCUAAAUACUGUUUUUGUUCAUUAGCUGUAUUUGUGUAAAGCCAUUUCUACCUGACUGAUAUAGACAUGCCUUUCCCCUGAAAUCCCCAAUCCGGAGGACGUUUUGGGUCAUGUUUCAAUAUUGUUUUUAGCAAUGCGCUCACUUGAGAAUCCUUGUCGCUGUCGUAAGGGCCUUUCCAGUACCUAAUUAGCUUAUUAGCUCAGGUGAAGUUUUUUGGAUAAGAAAUGGGAGGGCUGGGGUAUCGACUGAGUAUGUAACUGAGGAGCAAAACCUUCUAAAAGACAUUGCAACCUGAGGUAAUUUUGUUUCAGAUUCUGUGGGACUAUUUAUAAAUGUAUAGAGGAGCAAUAAAAUAUUCAAUAAUUUAAACUGGGGUGUUAUACAGCCCACUACUCCCUCACUAAUUAUGUAACUAACAGAGGUGGUAUAAAUACAUAAAAUUCCUUACUCAAGUAAAAGUGCAAAUCUAAAUAAAUACUCUGGUAAAAGUUAAAAUACAGCUUCUAAUUUUUUUUUUUUUUACUCAGGGUAAAGUACUAGAUGUAUACAAAACAUAGCUAACAACAGGUAAAUAUUCAGAGCGACAGAUAGGUGACUUACUUUUUUAAAGAUUUUUUAAGAUUUGAGGAAUGAAUUUUAUCAUAACAAGCUCAUGAUUUUUUUCCCUCCAUUUUGGUGUAAGUCUUAGCACUAUCAUGAAUGGGUACAAAAAUCACAUGUAAAAUGUAGAAAUGUACAUAAAAUUGCGUUAAGGGAUCGUCCACCCACCUUGUCACACAAAUUAGAAUGUAGAAUUUUAAUCAACUCCUUGCACAAAAAGUUACCUUCUGCAUUCCAAAAAAAUAUUGUUGAUAUUAUAGAAUAACCUAUUUGUUUUAAAAUGUACUCUACUUCCCACCUUUUGCUAAUCACUUUUUUUUUUUGGUUAGCUUGUUUGUAAGCUGCUCAAAAGAAAUAAUGAACAAACCACCAAGGAAACUGAUUCAACUACAAGCUUGCUGUGUGUUGUGAUUGAAAAAUCUGCCUCCUACUAUAAACACAUACUUUUUUCAGCCCCAUAAAAUGUAAAAUAAAUUACAAUCAAUCAAUAAAUAAACCACUCAGCACAUAAUCCAACUAGUCAUACAUUAGGCUAAAUGUUUAAUAAUGUACAAUUCAGUUGGCCUGUUUAUUGGAGCCACAGAGCAUUUAUGAGUGACUUUUUCAUCAUCCCUGAUGAAUAAGGGUGUACAUGUUUUCAUUGUUGAGGUCUGGAUUAAACCCAUUCAAUUCAAGUGACCGGUCAAACUCAUAAUAUAAAUAUAAUAGAUAUAGUAAUAAAUAUAAUAGAUUUGCUCAUAGAACCCCUGGCUAUAUUUCACAGAACCCCUGGAGGUCACUGAUGUAGACUUCCACGUGCUCUGUGAGAGGGAUGACAGGAUUGCAUUAGAAACAUAAUUGAAAACAUAGCCCUGAUUCUUUCUCCUGAACCGUUAGAGGAAAUGCAUUCCAGUGCUCUGGGGCCAAACUGAAAUGAUCUCUCCCUGAUUUCAUAUUAUAAUGAUGCAAAAGGCAUCUACAGUCCAACAGUCCUCAUCAGUGAGGUGUGUGUGGUUUAUGUAUACAAAUUAAAUCAAAUUAAUCCCAUCAGUGCCAUGUUCUUAUGGGCAUUGCCCUCUUCCCUCACCUUCUGGACUUUCAUUACUGUUAUACUUCAUUAAAAACAAAAAAAAUCUGUAAAUAUCUAUUCAGCAUAGAAUAUAAAGAUUUAUAUGUGAUGAAAAUGUCAAAAAGAUAAUUUAACAAUAGAAUGAAACAUUCUAUUUAGAAUUAUUAGAUUUAGAUUUAUUGGCUUAAUGGCCAAACAGGAUUUAUGGUACAAAUUCCUUCUUUUUUUUUUUUUUUUAAUUUUCUCAAAUGAAAUACCAGUCAUGCAUGACAAUGUACAUUUGUGUUUAUAAUAUAUAUACCUUUUGUGUGUAUAUAUAUAUAAAAUGUGUGUGUUUGUGUGUGCAAUUUAGUAAUUUAGUAUUGUUCAUAUUUUCCAAUAAGAUGUGACCAGUCUAAGGUGUGUACGAGGGGUGUGUGUGUGUGUGUGUGUGUGUGUGUGUGUGUGUGUGUGUGUGUGUGUGCGCGCUUGUGAAAUAAUGAGUGUAAGGUUCAGUGAACCUGUAUAAGACAGUUCAGAGAGUUUAAAGUAUUAGUUGGGCCUUUGGUCAUAAAUAUUUUUAUCCUAGAUUUAUACACAGAUGUUUAAAGACAUAUCAACCUUUCUGUAAGUACUUCACACACCAGACGACACAUCACAGCACAGGCCAAACGGACAUUUUUCCACAGCUAGUGUUCGAAAAGAGAGAAAGACUCGAGACCUAUACUUGCUUAUGUUUACAUACAUUUCUCUAGGUGCCAAAUUAGCCUAGCCUUCUUACAGUCUGAAACUUAUCACGUGGGACUGCAGAAGAACUGUGUGUUAUGAUACUCUUAUAAUAAUCCUCUGCAUAACUAAUGUAUGUCCAACGCUUUUUUUUUUUCUCUCCUCAAGAAUGUGUCCCUUCUUUUUCUGUACUACUUUGUCGUGUAAGAAUGCUACGUGUCUUAUUACUUCAGAGAGUUCUGAAACCUCGUGGCCCAGCCUCUGUCACACACACGUUCAUUCAUUUUCUCACUCACAUUUUCUUUGUUCCCUCCUGCCAUCCACAGCAAUGUGCCAUGCAGCAGAGACACAUGUUCCACACUCAUGGACUUCUAUGGACAAUUAUUUAUUGACAUUAGCAUUACAUUUUAUAAAAGUAUGCGUAUGGACCAAAACCCUUUUGUUUUAAGAUUCUCACCAGUCAGAAAAUUUUACAUCCCUACCACCAAGGCCAUAUCAUCACAGUUUUUGAAGAUGACUUCAUUAAGAAAUUAUCCUCAUUCAUUCCUUGACUUUGAAAUGGGUUGCAUUUUUUUAACGUUUUUAUUUUCCCUCUUUUUUAAAAGAAGAUAUGAUUAUAAUGACGAUAAUAAAGAUGUUUGUGUUAUUA